UCUUAUGCUGCAUGCUCCAACACACACACACACACACACACACACACACACACACACACACACACACACACACACACACACACACACACACACACACACAGACUGCACAAAAAACAAGAUGAAUACUCAGACUGCUGAUCUUCGCAGUACAGAACAAGUCUCACGGCAGUCUGUUUUUCCAAAGACUUUCUUUAUCAGAAUGAUCAUUUUUGUGCUCAUAUUUGUGAUAUAUAUGCCUGACUAUGUUUACCCUCACUGGAAAAAGUCAAACCUUACAGCAUGCAGAGAAAAAGUAAAAUAUGACCCAAUCAUUAAAGUCACCAAUCUUAAAACAUACAUGGUUGGCUCCUAUGUAGAGCACCGACAAGAGGUGAAAAUGAUACGGACAAUUGCUAUUGUGCUUCGCAGUGAAAAUGCAGAGUAUCAAUGCAUGCUGUGCUGCAAUGGAACGAAGGUGUCAGUAUCUGCUACUUUAAACAUUCACUCUGAUCACUAUGGGUUUGAGUACGGCACUGCUGAUAUUAUAUGCCAAAUACCGGAAGAGUGUACAACACCAACACAUGUGGCUAUCACUUCCAAAUCACCUAAAGGGAAUGGAUUAUUGCAGGAUAUUCAUGCCUUCCAACCUGUUAGGAAUCAACAGAAACAGGAAGUUUUUCCCUAUGAAUUCACAGUUUGCAUUUCAACCAUGUAUGACUAUGAGAAUGUAUUGCUGCUUGUGCAGGCCAUGGAGAUGUUCAGGAUACUCGGUGUCCAGAAGGUAGCUAUUUACAAAACCAGCUGCAAUAAAGAUACACAGAAGGUCCUGGAUUAUUACGUCAGGAAGAACUUUGUGGAGCUCAUCCCUUGGAGUGUAUCGUCCUACAUUAAUGUGUCCAGAGGCUGGCAGAAGUUUAAAUCGCCAGGGGAACUACACUACUUUGGGCAAAUCGCAGCACUUAAUGACUGUUUGUAUCGUUACAUGUACAAGAGUCACUAUGUAUCUCUUCAAGAUCUGGAGGAAUUCAUUCUACCUUUGAAUUUAAACAAUUGGACCGAGCUUCUGCCUGAAUUGGAGAGGAAAUAUGGUCAGGAGGUGGGAUUUGAGUUUGAGAAUAAUGUUUUUCCUAUUUACUUGAAGGAUCCAAGAUCCAAAAAGUAUUCACCAGACUCCUGGAAGAAGGUUCCGGGACAAAACAUUUUAGAAUAUGUUUAUAGGUUAGUCAAUGAUCCUUCAAAAUUCAAUAAUUUCAAAGUUAUUGUAAAUCCUCGUCUAGUGUUUGAAACUUCAGUCCAUGGAUUUUUGAAAUCAAUGACGGGUACUGUGAGAGUGAACCCUGAAGUUGCCCGCAUGUAUAACAUAAAGAACUUUGCAAAAGAAGAUGCGUUAACAGAUAAAAGCAUACUGGACACACAUCUCAGAGACUAUGCAGAUAUGCUGAUACCUGCUGUUUCUGAAGUGCUUUAUAUAGCACUAAACUUGCCAAAAGUGUAAAACAAGUCUGUGAUGAGAUAGACAACUAUAUGUAAAAAGUAUGGUCAUGAUAUGUUAAGAGUAAAGAAGCCAUUUUAUAUAAACAUACCAAGCAAAUCUAAAAUACCAAAUGCACUCUGAUAAAGCUGGAGAGUUUAGCUGAAUUGUACAAGACAGGAAGCAGUACAUUUCCAAAGAAUAUUUCUUAAUAAAUUAAUUCUUAUGAAAUAUAAGUAUUUAAGCAUUUAUUCAGGAGGAUUAAACUGUUCAGCAUGUUGUCAGUGACUAUUGGUUUAUUAUCAUUUCAACCUUUUUAUCGUAAUUAUUAUUUAAAUUGUUUUAAUUGCAGCUGCUGAUUCCUGUCAAUUUUAACUACAAUAGUUUCAAUAUGAAUAGUACUUAUGAUUGCAGUAGACAGCUUCACAUUCAUAGACAGCACAGAUGGAAGGAAAUAAUCACAAUCUUCAGCAAUCGCCCCAGACAUCUGUCUGUAGUGCGGUCAAAAGCAAGCCUCCUGUAAGCUGUGAUAUUAGGAACUAAUUUGAUUACAGAAAGGUUUAUGAUGGCCUAUUAUUUCAAUUGAACGUGUGCCUGAAUUCAGCACAUUGACUAUGCAAAUAUCUAUUGAAACACAACAUGUGUGUACGUUUAAUAUGACAAAAAAAUACUGACAGUGCAAAAUCAGUAAAUACAGUCAAUAUACAGUACAACAUAAUUCCCUACAUAAUUUACUCUUUAAAGCAAACUCUCUCAUCAGGUAUCAGGCUUUUAAAGCAUUUAAAUAUUGCUAUAAUUGUUCUUUGUAGUUUUCUUCUUGCUCAACUCAUAUAUGCACAGAAAUUUUUACAAAUAUUAGUUUAAGUUCCUAUCCAUAUAUAUUAUCCUAUAUAUUAUCAAUUUAUUAUCAUUUUAAUCGGUGUAUAACUAUAGUAUCCAUUAAAAAAACAUUUGGAUUAAGUUACUAGCUGUAUGCGGCAGGGAUAUAAUUUUUCCCCCCUCCGUUUAAAACACAAAGCAUAUACAAAAGGAUUAGAUUCAACAAAACAUGAUAUUUAUCUUGAUAACAUUUACCUACUUAAUAAAUGUAAUAAACAAUGACUUAUUUUUGUGUGGUAAGUUUUGUUUUAAUAUGUUUUAAUAUAUAUAAAUGUUUUACUUUGGGUGAGUUCUGUACUAGGACUAUUUACUACCAUAAAUAAUACAAAAUAUCUGCCAAGUUUUUAUUAACUACAUAUAAUGCAAAAGUGUUUGUUAUAUUCUAAAGAAGUAUGGCUUAACCUUUUGUCAAGAUUUAAUAAAAAUCAUGUUAAUGGCAUGUGUAUUAAUUACAUAUACAUUCAUGUGAAAAAAUUCGGACAGCCCAUGAAAGCCUGUGUUUUCACACAGAGAUCAUUGCAGCUGGUCCCUCCUCCUCUCCAUUUGUCAUAAUUAGUUUUGGCUCAGUUUCUUUAAUUUAAAUUGACUUUGUUUCACAAAAUCUUCUGAUGGUAUUUUAUAGUCUGACCUAUUGAAUUAACACGAAUGUGUUUCUGACAUAGAAUAAAGUAGUUCUAUUAGACGCUCUGGACCGCAGCAUCUGCUAAAUGCUUUAAAUAAUUCAAUUUUAUAAAUAAAGUCAAUUCUUUUUGUAAAUGCU